GCGCCGCCUCGUCCUGCCCCUGAACAACUGCUUACAGCACGGUUAUGAAAAGACGAGCUUUUGAUUCACAUUAACAGUAAGACUUACAGCUUCACUAGAGUACUGCAGUGCAUUCUGUCUUACUGAUAUUUCCCGAAGUGUUUACAGCGCUGCCUCUGCACUUGAGUUUUAGUGUAUUUACGGAAGGUUCAGAACUGAGAGAUUUAAUGAUGACGACAUCAUGGAGCGAUCGACUUCAGGACUAUGCAGAUCUCCCGGCAAACAUGGAUGGCCUGGCAAUGAAGAAAUACAGGAGAGAGGCCUAUCAUAGAGUGUUUGUGAACAGAAGUCUGGCCAUGGAAAAGAUUAAAUGCUUCGGCUUUGACAUGGACUACACUUUAGCAGUAUACAAAUCACCUGAAUAUGAAUCUUUGGGCUUUGAUCUGACUGUGGAGCGGCUGGUCUCCAUUGGCUACCCACAGGAACUACUCGGUUUUGUUUAUGACCCCACUUUCCCUACAAGAGGUCUGGUGUUUGACACCAUGUAUGGCAACCUCCUGAAGGUAGAUGCUUAUGGAAACAUCCUGGUCUGUGUCCAUGGCUUUAACUUCCUGCGAGGCCCUGAUACCAGAGAGCUCUAUCCCAAUAAGUUUAUCCAGCGUGAUGACACAGAACGCUUCUACAUCCUUAACACACUCUUUAACCUUCCAGAAACAUACCUUUUAGCCUGCCUGGUUGACUUCUUCUCAAACUGUGACCGAUAUUCAAGGGGGAGAGAGCUUUCCUGUUUGGCUCGGACAACCUCAAACAAGGGAAGACUCUGUGAAACGGGCUUUAAGGAUGGAGACCUCUUCAUGUCCUUCAAGAGCAUGUUCCAAGAUGUCCGAGAUGCUGUAGACUGGGUGCAUUUUAAGGGAACACUGAAGGAGAAAACAGUGGAAAACCUGGAGAAGUAUGUUGUGAAAGAUGGCAAGUUGCCAUUGCUGCUGAGCCGCAUGAAUGAAGUCUCCAAAGUUUUCUUAGCCACCAACAGUGACUACAAAUACACAGACAAAAUUAUGACAUACUUGUUUGACUUCCCCCAUGGCCCAAAGCAUGGCACUGCUCACCGUCCAUGGCAAUCAUACUUCGACCUGAUCCUAGUGGAUGCACGAAAGCCUUUAUUUUUUGGAGAGGGAACAGUUCUGAGACAGGUGGAUACGACUACAGGGCGACUGAAGAUAGGAACAUACACUGGACCUUUACAACAUGGCAUUGUUUACUCUGGAGGUUCUUCUGACAUUGUGUGCGACCUGUUAGGAGCAAAAGGAAAGGAUAUUUUGUACAUUGGGGAUCAUAUUUUUGGAGAUAUUCUUAAGUCCAAGAAGCGACAGGGUUGGCGGACAUUCCUGGUGAUUCCUGAAUUGGCUCAGGAGCUGCACGUUUGGACAGACAAAAGCUCUCUGUUCGAAGAACUGCAGGGUUUGGACAUUUUCUUGGCAGAACUAUACAAGCAUUUGGACAGCAGCAGCAAUGAGAGACCAGAUAUCAGUGCCAUUCAGAGAAGAAUGAAGAAAGUGACUCAUGACAUGGACAUGUGCUACGGGAUGAUGGGAAGUCUGUUCCGCAGUGGUUCUCGGCAGACUCUGUUUGCGUCUCAGGUGAUGCGUUAUGCUGAUCUGUAUGCUGCCUCAUUCAUCAACCUGCUCUACUACCCAUUCAGCUACCUGUUCAGAGCCGCUCACGUGCUGAUGCCCCACGAGUCCACAGUAGAGCACACUCACGUAGACACAGAGACCGAAUCUCCUCUGGCCACACGCAACCGCCACUGUGUGGACUGCAAGGACAUCGACUGCAAAAGAAACCAGCUCACACGCUCCAUCAGCGAAAUCAAACCGCCCCACCUGUUCGCUCAUCCGCCGCAGGAAAUCACACACUGCCACGACGAAGACGAUGACGAAGAGGAGGAAGAGGAAGAGGAGGAAGAGUAGAUGUUUUUGACCUAUUCUAGGGUAAAGAUCUGUAGGAUGAUGAUGGUAAAGUGAUGAGGAUAUCAUGUGAGCUAGAAAAAAAGGGUGAGUGGAUGUGUGAAGGAGAGUAAAAUUGCCAAACCAAGCUCAAAAAGCUGAUGUUUAUAGCACCAGACUUCAGUUCACCCUAACUGACAGUUUCCUCUGAUAACUAAUACAUAUGUUUUGGGAUCUGGAAUUGUUUAUCAAUCAUUAUUUAAGCACAUAAUGUCACGUGACAAACAUCCAAUGGAAAAACACAUGGGAAGGGAUACUUACUUUACUGUGAACUGAUGGUAAAACUAAUGAGUUUACAUGCUUCAUACAGGCAGCAUGUUGGCAAAGACUCAGUUAUUGGAUCCUCACAGAUACACAUCCUAUUUUUACGUUAUAGUCAUAUUUUACUAUUAUUUUAUAUUUUUUCCGAGUAGCCAGUCCAUCCAGUCAGAUUAGCUUGGUUACUACCUCCUGCAAAGACUGUAUCCAAUAACUGUUCCUUUAAAAAAACACUCUGUGUGUGUGUUAAAGCUGUGUAUGUUGGCAGGGUGUUUGUGUUGAAGUCCUGCGUGUGUUGAGAAUCUGAAUGAAGCACAGAAAACCGAAGCACGGUUCAUUGUGACGUUCGUAAGGAAGUGCAGCCAACACAAGAAUCCAGUUACUUGGCAACAGCAUGCAGCAGCUUUUUUUUUUUUUUUGGAGAGAGGUUUGUUGUUAACCUCUUGUUUUUCAUCUUUUUUUAAUGCAGACAUUUUGGCUAGCACUAAUGCUACAGAGUAGCAGACAGAUGCCUCGUGUAUUAGGGCGCAAAAUGAGUCCGAACACGCACACAAACACGUCGCUUUAGUACCUGCUCUAAUUUUGGCAAUGAUGUCACAUUGAACAAUGACAUACUGUAUUUUUAUACUCUUAUAUAAGCUAAACAGAACAGUCUAGUUUUGUCUCAAACAUUGCGUGCCAUUAAUAUCUGCCUCACAUAAGACAGAUGCAAACUAUUAAAAUAUCAUACAUACAGUAAGUGACCUUGUUAUGCAAAAAAUAUUUGUAAAACUGUGUUUUGUGGCCUGGGCGGCUUAUUAAACAUCAGUUGUUGAGAAAAAGUACAAUGAAGUAAACACCUGGUGACUGUUUCUUUGGAAAUUAAUGUAGUCCUGGCUAAUGUUUGAACUCUGUUGAUGGUUUACUCUCACGUGGACCAAAACGGUGUGGAGAAAUUGUUUGAUUUAGCUUCAAGGGUCCCUUUAGACACUUUUAGGUGUCCUCACAGUGGAGUUUUAAAGACAUAAACGUUGUUCUUGAGUAAAACGGUGGUAACGGUUUAUAGAGAAAGCGGUUUUAGCUGUGGGACGUGUUCCAAUUGCAUGAAUCAGGUAGAUUAGAAUGGUUAGUGUGACUUUUAUAUGCAUUACUCAAAGAUAGUGUCUAGGAUCUGUUUGAAUAAAGAUACCCAAUCCAUAGCGCAACAUGUAUUACACAUAUGCAUAUUAUAACUGUACGUUGUUGUUGUUUUUUUAAUGCGAAUGUAGUUUUUCACCUUGGGUCAGACUGUCGGUUUUUUAAUGGGAAGACCGAGUAGGUCUAAAGUAUAAAGGUUUUUGGUGAGGCCCUUGGUUGUUUUAAAGGAAUCAGUUAAAGAGAUAUUUUUAAACGUACAAUGCGUAUUUUAUAUGUCAGUUUUCGUUUAUAGUUUUAAAACAACUGGAUAUCCUACAACGGGGCAGCUCUUUCAAAAAUAUACUUGUUUUUGGUUCUUCAGAGACCAUGGUAUAGAGAAAGUGUUUUUAUGUCCUGAUAAAAAAGAUCCAGCGUCUUUUCAUUUCCGUUUCCUUUGUUUUCAUUAGCCUUUUAUAUAAAGCUCAGUGUUGUGGGUGUGUGGAUACGUAUAUUCAUAAUACAGCUGGUUCCUUGGACAUGGAUUAAAACUAGUCCUGGGCUAAUUUGCACUGGUGUUGGUAUAUGUCCUUUUUAGUUGUCUAUGCAAGGGAAACUGGCUUAGAUUAAUUAGAGAUAAUAUAUUAUAGAAAAUGCUUUGUUUAAACAGUAUUCGUCCAAGUUUCCUAGUAGUGUAUCUUAGAUACCUCUUUAGCGGGUGAUGUCUCAUCCGUAUAGAUAUAGGUAGCAUUGCAUACAUCUCUGUUUGAACCAGUGUUUUCAUAUUACACUUUGGCAUAGUUUACAGUGUAGUUGCGUGUUAAACGUGCCAGUAACUUACUAAUAUACUGAGUAUUUGUUUCUUUCCGUUUUUUACCUUUUUCCUAAUUUGAUUUUUUUUUUUUUUUUUAGUUCAUGUUUAAUACAAACUAUAUUUUUGUGACUUUAUUAGUUUUCAGUUUAGCAAAAGGAAAAGGUACAAAACUGUUCUGUCUGUAAAAGAGAUCUAGCAAAAUAGACCUGGCAUUUAUUAAUCCAGUUUUUUGUUUUGUUUUGUUGUUUGUUUGUUUGUUUAGGGCAUGUAAUUUCAUGUCUUCAAAAUUCACUUUUGUUCCUUGAAUUAUGAUAGCUUCUGAUUUAUAGAGUUUUAAACUUAUACAUAUGGGAAAUUGCAUUGCCAUGUAAAAUAAAAAUAAUUUUCCAUAAUAAAUUCA